UGAAAGAGACGGAUUGUUUUUGUAAGUGAAAGGGAUAUAAGUGUGAUUACGAUUGUUGGAGAGUUUAUGGAUUAAUAUAACUUGUUGAAGAACUAAUUUCGAAUAUAUAUCAAACGUUGGCAUUGCAUUUAUUGCUAAAAUUAGAUGGUAACACUUUCAUAAACUCUCAGAGUUUUCCAGCUUCUGUUCGACCCGUGUGGUCAACAUGGUGUCCAAUUCGGACAGUGACAAUAAUGGGUUUGCUCAGCACGGCUCAGCCGGUAUAACCCGAAAAUCUAGUUCAUCUGAGCUCAGCUCGUCUAAAGAACAAAUAGUUAUGAUUGAAACUGACACUGGGAACUUUUUAGUGCCAGGAAUGAUUGAAAACGUUCUCGUUGACGAAGAGGGCGGAGUUUAUAAUGAUAGACAUAUGAUUCAACAUAGCUCAAGUGCAAAGAGCGUGAAAUCUCGCACCUCGCGAGACGUAAACAUGGAGAACACUUCUCGUUCAUCACGAGAUGAAAACAAUGAUACUUCCGGUCAACCGGACCUCUAUCAAAUGAUGAUACAAACACAAAUUAUGAUGCAAGAAACUAUGAAAAACAGAGAAGUAGUUGAUAAUACUGAUCAUAGUGAAUCAGGAGAUGAAUCCGAACAUGAAGAUGUUGGCAUGGCGUUAGGCAAAUUAUGUGAUGAUGCAGACAAGGUGCAGCCAGAUGCAUGUACUACGGACAUGCCGGUAGAUGAUGAGGACGAUUUCAUGCAAUCUCUCGGAGAUUUCUUGUCAUCGGAAGACAAACUAGGGCCGAAAGUUUCAAAUUCCUUGGCAGGUAUUGUCAACACUGGUAUGAAACAGAAAGUUUCAGAGGACAAAAUUAAGUCAAUGCUUAAAAAGUAUUUGAGGCCAGAAAACUGUGAGGCAUUGACACCAGUACAUGUCAAUUUGCCAAUAUGGAAAACCUUAAAUAGGCAGACAAAAAAUGUAGAUAUUAUGAUACAGAAAAAUCAGGGCAUCUUAUGCAAAGGAAUGGUCCCACAACUAACAUUGAUGGACAAGCUCCUUAAUUCAAGUAAGGCAAACAAAGGCAUCGAGCCAACUGAAGUUGGAGAGUUACUAAGUCUGGUAAAAGAUUCAUUUGUGUUUAGUCAGAUGGCGUAUUCAGAUUUAAAUGUUAAACGCAGACAAUUAAUUAAAACCAAUUUGAGGCCGUGUUAUAGAUCACUCUGCCCCGAUAAUGCACCAAUAUCUGAUAAACUAUUCGGUGAUAGUCUUGUUGACAAAGUCAAAGAAGUUGAUAUAGCCAAUAGAAUGGGUAGAAAACUAGGGAAGGUGAAGUCCUUCCUACCAGCAACCUCAACAGAUAAUAAGGAUCAUAGAAUAAACACUGGUUUCACAGCUAACAGGUUCUCUGCUCCCUAUAUAAUACCAGAGAAUCGGUUCAGAUUCAAAUCGCAGAAUAACAGCUUCAGACCAUCUUUCUCUCAUGGUAAUGAUCAUUUUUUAGGGAAAAGACCAGUCAUGAGGAACAACUUCAAGAAGAAAGACAGACAUUAAAUCCUGUUGACAUGGAAUGUGAAUCUUUUG